AUGUUGUCAAGUAAAUCAAAAUCAUCGUCAUCAUCAUCUAAAAAAGAUGAUCAUGUGAAUGGAUCAAAUGCAUCGACUGCCUCAUCAUCAUCAUCAUCCCCUUCUUUAUCAUUGUCGUCGUCCUCAUCAUCAUCAUCGUCAUCAUAUCCAAAGAAACAAUUUGAUUAUUUGGGAUUGGUAGUUAAAAGUCAUCCUCUUACACUUAAACAAAGAUGUUUUCUAGUCAUUAUAAACAAUCUAUUUAAUAAUCACAAUAACAACAACGGUAGUAAUAAUAGUAAUAAUAAUCAAAAUAAUAGUAGUACAACAGCUAAUAUAUUGGAAAAUCUAAGUAUAUUACCAUUAGAAUUAAAAGAGGAAUUGGUUCAUUUCAUGUUAGAGUAUCGAUUGUUUAAUGGAACCAAGAUAUCUCACUCUGAAGUAUUUACUCAGAAUAUAUUGGAUACUAGAUUACGGUCGAUCGAUUUCAGUGUCAUUCGUAGCAAGAUCAAUCAAAACGAUCCAACCAAGGAGUUGUUGCGUGCAUGCCAUUCAUUGCAGCGUCUCAACUUUUCCUAUUGUUACGAGAUCAAUGACAAUAUAUUAAAGACGAUCAUCUCGUCGUUGAAUUCAGCGUCGUCAACGUCAUCGUCGUCCAUGUCGCCUUCAGCGUCACUGGUCAAUAUAUCAGAUGAGGGGUCCAAUGUAGACACCUUAUCGUCCAUCACAGCUCCCAACAAGGGUGCGGUGGGACGUGCCGGGCAACAACAACAACAAUCACAACAAAAGCAAUCACAUCUUCAAAAACUUAAAAAUAAGAUCCUCAAGCGUCGAAAGGAGACGCCAAGCAAGACGGGCAGUACGGGUGUACCUUUAGAAGAGGAACGUCCACAACACCCAACCAAACAAAAGCAAAGACCUUCUCUAAGUAUUUCGAGUAAUAGUAAUAAUAAUAAUGGACCAUCACAUUCAUCGUCGACCGAUAAGAUUACAGACACCAAUUCAAACAUAUCGGAUGAACUGAGUAGCAGUGCAUCGAGUAUGACGUUGUCCGAGAUGCAUGCGGGUGGAUUAUCGUUUGGUGCAUCGGGUCUAGAGUAUUUGUCGCUGCGACAAUGCACUUCGUUUUCGUCGGACCACAUGCUGCGCAAGUUGCUACGGUUGUCACCAUCACUCACCUAUCUCGAUAUAUCUGGAUGCUCAAAAGUGACACACAAGACAAUCCAAGCCGUCACACAGCACUGUACGCGUCUUCGUACGCUAUCGAUCAGCAAUUUGCGCGAUGUGUUGACCCAUGAUGUGACCAGCACGUUUAACAACAUGGCAUGUCUGACCGCGCUAGAUAUAUCCCAACUACCCAACAUAUCAAGCGACGUACUCGACAAGAUCCUCACACCCAGCACCAGUGCGGCCAGCUCUGUUAUGCAUCUUUCGUCGCCGCGAUCAGCUGGUAUCUCACCUGCUGCAUCUCCACGAAAAGUACCAACUUCCUCACCAUUCUCCUCAUCAUCUACACUACAACAACAACAACUCUUACUAUUCCACUACCAACAACAACUCCAACACUAUCAACAACAACAACAGACUGGUGGUGCUGGAUCAUCUGUAUCUCCACUCCCACUACAACUUUCACCUCGGUCGUUGGACGAUCAUGUGAGUAUCAGUGGUGGUGGCAGUCCAAUCAACCUACAAUACCCAGCAAUGAUACAAUCGUUGAAUUUGGCACAGUCAGAGAUUGAAGACGAGUCACUAUCGUUGAUUGGCGAGCGAUGCCCGACACUGCAUUCGUUGGAUGUAUCGUUUUACACGAACCAGCGCACGCUCGAGACACUCGGGCUGUCACAAUCCAUUGUCAAGGCAUGCCCACGCAUGCGUGUCUUUUCAUGUCUGUCGUCAUUCCAUCUCAAGGAUAUCACCAUCCUCGAAGCACUCAAAAAAUGGACACUCCUUGAAGUCAUCGAGCUGACCGACUGCACAUCGCUAACGUCAGCCAUCAUUGCUUUUGUACAACAACCCGAAAACCAUAUUCAUCUGCACCUUCGCUUCCUCUUUUUCGGAAGUGCCAUGCAAAAGGACGAUAUCGACGAAUUUGGUAUCAUGUGUAAAUUAGAAGGUAAAACCACUCUAGAACUUUUAGAAACUCAACAACAGGUAACUUUGGAAGAUUUAAUUGAUCAAGGUUGGGUAAAUGUAAUCUAA